AUGUCUGAGUCUUCAGCGACGUCGCACAACACCUCUCGACCUGCUGCGACGCUCGUGCCCUCCUGGCCUCAAUUGCCUCGACCAGCGUACGCGCUAGCUCCUAUUCCUGCGUCUUCAAUCGUCAGAUCCACUGCCGCUCGAGCCGCCGCCAGCGCCUCGCUGCGCUCUUCGAGCUACGAGAGAUCCGCGCCUUACCCAUCAGCAAGACCACCUCGUGUCGAUAUGCUCCAGGUACAGCCACCAGCAGUCACUUCUGCCGCGCAUGAGACAGAGCUCUUUCGCACGCGUCAAGCCUUGCAGUCUCAUCUCGCCCAGCGGCAGCAGCCGCCAGCGUCAUCGAGGCCACCGGCAAAUCAGCCGUCGCGCAGUACCACGAACAAUCUUCAUUCGCAUUCCGCCGAUACGAGCUCCAGCACACAAUCUGGCGCCAAAGAGGCUCAGCACAAGGUGUAUCUGCUCAACUGCAAGCACUGCGGCAACUUUUUGAGCGACCGUGGUAUGAAGGCAGUGCUUCUCCUCAAGCCCAACAUCACUCUAUACAGCACCGACAUCGUCCCCUCGACGUGCGGACCCUUCUUUGGCGGGUCGGCAUUCCACGGCGGCGUCGACUCGAGCGAGGCGCCAGUGGAAAGAACAUGUCAAUGCUUGACGCAGAGUCUGGGAUGUUACGGGUGCGGCGCUCAAGUUGGCUACAACAUCAUCUCGCCAUGCGCACGCUGCACAAGCAGCGUGAUGAAGCACUCCAGGAGCUCCAACGGCCACCGCACGGUGCUGCAUUGCUCUGAAAUUGCUGUUCGGGAGCGCCGCUACAUCCCUGGCGAACCGGGAGUUCGGCCACAGCCGACUCCGUGUAGCUCGCAGGCGAGCUUGAAUUCUGCACAAGUGUAUGCUGAUCCUUUGCACGACGAGCGCCUCAGUCAGACCGCGCAGUCGGACCUCUUCCGUCGCAGCAACGUGUCCCGUCGAGACAUCUACAGGCUGCAGUACGGAUUCUAUGAGGAAGAGCUCGAGGCGGAAAAGGCCGACGCCAGCUCGGCUCUUUACUUCGAACAAGCGCAACAGUAUCGCGACCUCCGUCCUUCGGGCUCUCCGCCGGCCCACGAUCCAGACUCGGCUCCUUUCGGUGGCAACAGGGUCGCUGCCUCUUCUUCCUCCUUCUCCUCUUCAUCGAAGAAAGGGCGUGUACUUCAGAGGGGAGAUGCUCUGUACUGGAGCGACCUCAUCGCCGGCGGCGAACGAGCCCAGCCCUUCGACCCAGAUGCGAUCCUCGAGAGGCCUGUCGUAGGACGAUAA